AGGUCGCGCCGUUCAGUCUGUAAUCACACUCGUGCAAACUACGUGCCCGUGAAGAGCGGCGCUUUAUGACCAGUCCGGCUUUUGAAGAAAUAUGGCGGAUGUCGAGCUAGCAAAAGCCUUGAAGGACCUGCCAAAUCGAGUUCAGACCGCCAGCAAGAAGGAGCGGCGUGAAAUUCUACAAAAUGUCGCCAACGUAUUGUCAAAUCCCGGGAUUAAUGACAAAAUUGUUAAUGGAAUUUGUAAAGUGGUAUCACUUACCUUACAUAGAUACAAAGAUGGUGCUUCUCAGUCCUACGUGAGAAAUCUAAUUGUGGAAUUAAUUAAGCAACAACCAGAGGCUACUAUCAAACAUAUGACAACUGUAAUUUCGGAGCAAGCUACUUGGCAUAAGAAUGUAAUUGCAACCUUGAACACUGCUCUAACUGCGUAUAUUGCAUUGAAGUGGUCGACUUUACUUAUUUGCUAUGGAUAUAACGAACGCCGUGUAACCGAAAUGGAUGAACAUUUAGUGAAACUCAUUGAGGCACAGGCAAAUUUAUCUGCCGCAGCUUUAGCAUCUGCAGAUAAGAAACUUGCUAACAAAGUGUAUACGUUAUUAGCUCAUGAAUGGAUAGCCAUUACAGACAUAGAAGCUUAUGCCGGACAUUUAACAAAAUUAGAGCUCGGUAAUGGUGUUAUUAUUUUAUCCAGUUUACUUACAAAAUAUUUAGUUAUCACGAAAAGAAACGAUUUGGUGGAACAAUUGAAGACAAACAUGAUAGACGCUUUUAUAAAAGUGACAAUUAGUUGUAAGAAAAAACCAGAUUUGUAUGUAGUUGAUGCAGCUAUGCCACUUCUUCGGAGAUUGACUCACGAAGAAUUUAAAACUCAGUUACUUCCUGCUUUACAAAAGGCUAUGUUACGAAAUCCAGAGAUCAUAAUUGAAUCAGUUGGACACAUUUUAAAUGGAUUGAGUCUUGAUCUGAGCCAAUAUAGUCAAGAGAUAAGUAAAGGAUUAUUUGCCAAUUUACAUUCUAAAGAGGAUUUAGUCCGGGAUGAGGCGGUUGAGGCAUGUCGUAAACUUGCUCUACAAUGUUCCGAUACAACAGCUUUGGAAAUGCUUUUGUCAUCUGUUUUUGCGGUGUUUCACGGAUCUGAGGGUAAACUCACAGUUGCGACUCACAAGAUUUCCGUGCUGCAAGGUGCUGGCAAUCUUAGUUACAAUGUGGCUUCAGGCACCAGUGUACAAAAAUUAGCCGAGACGGCUUGUGAGCAUUUUGUCAAGGUGCUCGAGACCGAGGUUCAUGAGAAAACAUUGAUACACGCACUUGAGAUGAUGGCUCUGUGGUCCAAGAAAUUCUCAUCUAACGUACCAAAAAUCGUCGUGGACGCCUUCAAGAAAGGCAUGGCGGCGAAAACAUCCACUGCUGCAGUACGCACUGCCUAUAUUAAGUUGUUCUUUUCGACUUCUGCCUCCUCGUACUCAGGAGUGAUAGCGCCGAUUCUCGCACAGGCGAUAACCAGAGCUAUGCAGCAAUGCGCGCAACCAGCGGCAGUAACGGAAGGACUGGUCGCUUCGUACUUGCUACUCAAAUUUGUACUGGCCGACCAAGUGGAGAAUGAUAAACAGAGCGUAUUGUGGAACGCGAUAGAUGAGCAAAUAUUCUUUUCCGAAAAAUUUCUGUCAACAUGCAGCGAUGAUAUUUUGUACAAUCUUAUGUUACUCUGCGAACGUCUUGUUACUGAAUUCUCCGAUAAACUGAAUGAGAAAGCUCUAACUGGGAUUCAUCGAGCGAUUGUGUCUUGCGCCACUGCCCCACAUUCCACGACGAGACAACGAUGUUUUCCUUUAAUCAAGAAAAUUAUGACAGGUUUGAGUACAUACGCGCCAGCGCAGGCAUUGCUAACAGAAUUUAAUAAAUUUUUGGAAAAUGUUAAGAUCAAGUCGGAAUCGGAGGAAAAUAAAGAAGAAACCUCAAUGGGAGAGAUUACUGGUAGGUGUCUUACUGACGGAUUGUUGGCUAUAUGCUCGGGUUCCUUUUUAUUCGAAGCGCAUACCUAUCAAAUGACUAGAGAUGCUUUACUUCCAUCUCAUCACCCGGCGCUGAUCAAAGCUGUACCAAAUUUAUGGUUCAAGAUCGCGAAGAACUAUAAUCUUGUACCAAAAGAUUUCUUACGUAGCUAUAGCAACGAAGUGAGGAAGAUGUUAAUCCAGAAUUAUAAACCAGUACCAAACUACGAAAAUGCCCUUAUAAAAAUUGUAUCGCUUGCACCGGACGCUUUUCUACCUGCUCUAGUGUCGAACGUUACAAACAAGCUUGAUGAUUCAGAAAUUUUACGAGUUACCAAGGAUGAAUAUUUCACGUAUCUUACUCCCGAAGGAGAGCUCUACGAUAAGAGCGUACUGCCCGUUAACGAUGAAAACGAUAUCCUUGGUUCUAUGAAUAUGAAGAGGGAAAGCAAAGUCUACUCGUUUAAGGAACAACAAGAGGAGCUUCAAUUACGGCGCGAAUUGUACGAGAAGCGGAAGAGAGAGGGCAAGAUAAAAGAACCGAAAUUGACACCUAAACAGGAGGAAACUAUAAAGGCACAGAUUGCGAAAGAGAAUAGUAUUCGCAAGAGAUUAAUCGAGUUGAAAGCCAAAAUAGAUAACACUGUGUCUUUAGUGGCAUGCUCGAUACGCGGUAAUCGACAAGAACUGUCUUUAUACUUAAAGGACCUUUUACCAUCAAUUUUGAAAAAUCUAGGCUCUCCACUGGCAGCACCCGAGAUGUCUGAGCUUUACGUAUCUCUUCGCCAGACGGUGACGAUAGAUAAUAGUGUGAUUCUAGGUGAUCUUAUUGCUCACGUUACACUGCGACAGUUGCAACCGCAGUGUGACCUAGACCAAGCCUGGGAAGAAGAAAAUCUAGAUGUGGCAGUUAAAAGAACGUUGAAUCUUAUACACGCGGUGACGAUCAAGAAGAAGGAAUUAUUCACGGCACCCGCGUUCUGUUACGUUUUUCCUUUUAUAAGGAAGACUCUGACAUCAUAUAAAGAUGAGGGCAUGAUCAUACAGGGAUUGCAAUUGAUUCAGGAACACGCUAAACAGAGAGGCGACACCACCGAUUUGAAAGAUCUCAGGCAUCCCAGACUCUUGCCGCGCAAGCAAAUGUUCGACUUGCUCAUCGAGCUUAUGGAAACUACCACGAGCCGAGUGCAGUCACACGCGGUAGCGACCUUGCUCGAUGUCGCGCAGUCUGGUAGUGGUCAACCGGGUGCGGCGAUCGCUACCAGCGAGGAUAUAGAUUCGUUGAUCGGCGCGUUACAGAAUUCAUUGGCGACCGUAAGAGACGCGGCUCUCAGAGGACUGACGGUGAUACGGCAGGCGUUCCCGUCCCAAAAGGAGGAUCAGGAUCAGUUCAGUAGACUCACAAGGAGAGUAUGGAUUGCUCGAUAUGACGUAAACGACGAAAAUAAGAUUCUCGCUAAUGAAUUGUGGAACGCGGCUGACUUUAGCGCACAAGCGGAGGUUCUCUGCGAUGAGCUGAUUCAGGAUAUUGCUCAUCCAGUUGAACAAGUGCAACAAGCGGCUGCGCACGCACUAGCUCAAAGCUUGGCCAACGUGCCGCAUCUAACGCCGAAUGUGUUAGACAAUUUGUUGCAACUGUAUCAAGAGAAAUUGGCCAUGAUCCCGCCAAAAUUAAAUGAUUUUGGUCGUGUUAUCGAGCAGCCGAUCGACACGUGGGGUCCACGUCGUGGGGUAGCGCUCGCCCUCGCUCAAAUAGCGCCACUUCUCACCGCCGACACGGUACAUCGGCUUAUCCAGUUCUUUGUUCUGACCGGCCUUGGCGACCGAAAUCAAUCCGUACGUACUGAAAUGCUCACGGCUGCUGUCGCGGCAGUCGACCUUCACGGUAGCGCAAAUAUUGCAUCACUGCUACCGGUAUUUGAGGACUUUAUGGAUAAGGCGCCGAAAAUUGGCAGUUUCGAUUCGAUUAAGCAAUCGGUAGUGAUCCUCAUGGGGUCUCUGGCAAGGCAUUUGGAUAAGAACGAUCCACGAAUCAAACCUAUCGUGAUGCGUCUUAUUGCGGCGCUCUCCACGCCGUCGCAACAGGUACAGGAGGCUGUGGCCAAUUGUCUGCCGUAUCUGACGGACUCUAUCAAAGAAGACGCCCCGAAAAUAGUGGACAAUCUAAUGGACCAGUUGCUCAAAUCAGACAAGUACGGAGAACGUAAGGGUGCAGCAUACGGGCUGGCGGGGCUCAUUAAAGGCAUGGGAAUCCUUGCAUUGAAGCAGCUGGAUAUUAUGAGCAAGUUGACCAAUGCUAUCCAAGACAAGAAAAACUACAGGCACCGCGAAGGUGCGUUGUUCGCGUUCGAGAUGCUAUGCACGAUGCUCGGUAGACUCUUCGAGCCUUACAUCGUCCACGUAUUGCCGCAUUUGCUAUUGUGCUUUGGCGAUUCGAGCCAGUACGUGAGAACCGCUACCGACGACACUGCCAGAGUAGUUAUGAGUAAACUCUCCGCCCAUGGCGUUAAACUCGUUUUGCCAAGUCUGCUGGCGGCUCUGGAAGAAGAUUCAUGGAGAACGAAAACAGGAUCUGUUGAGUUACUUGGCGCUAUGGCGUACUGCGCACCGAAACAGUUAAGCAGCUGCCUGCCGAGUAUCGUGCCCAAAUUAAUAGAAGUGCUCAGCGAUUCUCACACGAAGGUACAAGAAGCUGGCGCGGAGGCGCUUAAGGUUAUUGGAAGCGUUAUCCGCAAUCCAGAAAUUCAAGCUAUUGUACCUGUGUUGCUAAAGGCGCUACAAGAUCCUUCGCACAAGACCGCCACUUGCUUGCAAACGUUACUGGAUACGCAAUUUGUACACUUUAUUGAUGCUCCCUCGCUAGCUUUAAUCAUGCCUGUCGUGCAGCGCGCGUUCCUCGAUCGUUCAACGGAGACGAGAAAAAUGGCGGCGCAGAUCAUUGGCAAUAUGUACUCCUUAACAGACCAGAAAGACCUGACUCCAUAUUUGCCGACUAUUAUUCCGGGUCUAAAGACAAGUUUACUUGAUCCAGUGCCCGAAGUACGUAGCGUAUCGGCGAGAGCCUUGGGCGCAAUGGUACGAGGAAUGGGCGAAUCCAGCUUUGAAGAUCUGCUGCCUUGGCUGAUGCAAACGCUGACCUCCGAAACCAGCAGCGUCGACAGAUCCGGGGCUGCUCAAGGUCUUUCGGAAGUAGUGCGCGGAUUGGGAGUCGAGAAGCUUCACAAGCUUAUGCCAGAGAUCAUCAGCACCGCGGAAAGAACCGACAUCGCUCCCCACGUAAAGGACGGAUACAUCAUGAUGUUCAUAUACAUGCCGAGUGCGUUUACUACAGAAUUUACGCCGUAUAUAGGACAGAUCAUUAAUCCCAUUCUGAAAGCGUUGGCCGAUGAGAAUGAAUAUGUGCGAGAGACCGCGUUGAGGGCGGGACAACGUAUCGUCACUCUUUACGCUGACUCGGCAAUAAUGCUGUUGCUACCAGAACUAGAAAAAGGCCUCUUUGACGAUAAUUGGCGUAUCCGGUAUUCGUCUGUACAACUAUUGGGCGAUCUGCUUUACAGGAUCUCCGGUGUAUCGGGCAAAAUGUCGACCGAGACUGCAAGCGAAGAUGACAACUUUGGUACGGAACAAUCGCACUAUGCUAUUAUAAAUGCUUUGGGUGCAGAAAGACGUAAUCGCGUGUUGGCUGGCUUAUACAUGGGUCGAUCAGACGUGGCUCUUAUGGUGCGCCAAGCAGCUCUUCACGUGUGGAAAGUAGUAGUAACGAAUACACCGAGAACGUUGCGAGAAAUAUUACCAACGCUAUUUACUCUUUUGUUGGGAUGUUUGGCGAGUACGAGUUAUGACAAGAGACAGGUGGCCGCCCGGACGUUGGGUGAUCUCGUUCGAAAAUUAGGAGAACGAGUGUUGCCAGAAAUUAUACCGAUUUUGGAAAAGGGAUUACAGAGCGACCAGGCCGAUCAACGCCAAGGAGUGUGCAUAGGUCUUUCAGAAAUUAUGGCGAGCACCAAUAAAGAUAUGGUUUUGACCUUCGUCAUAAGCCUUGUACCAACGGUGAGAAAAGCGCUAUGCGAUCCAUUACCGGAGGUCCGACAGGCUGCGGCCAAGACUUUCGAUGGUUUGCAUUCCACGGUGGGCGUUCGCGCCCUCGAUGAUAUAUUACCGGCGAUGUUGACGCAAUUGAAUUCACCCGACCCGGCAGAGGCGGAAAACACCUUGGAUGGUUUACGUCAAGUGAUGGCGAUCAAGUCACGCGUCGUAUUACCGUAUUUAGUCCCGCAAUUAGCCUCGCCGCCAGUUAAUACAAAAGCACUAUCGAUACUGGCCAGUGUGGCAGGUGAAGCAUUGACAAGAUUCCUCCAUAGGAUUCUACCAGCAUUGCUCACUGCUCUUUCCAGUGCGCAAGGAACGGCAAACGAAUUGCAGGAGCUCGAAUAUUGUCAGGCUGUUGUUCUUUCCGUUACCGACGAAGUAGGCGUCAGAACUGUGAUGGAUCAGCUAAUGGAAGCCACAAGAGCAGAAGAUCUUUCGAAACGGCGAAGCGCUGCGACGUUGCUUUGUGCAUUCUGUCGCGACACCCGUGCUGAUUACAGCCAGUAUGUUCCGCAGUUACUCAGGGGUUUGAUUCAUUUGUUCACCGAUGAGGAUAGAGACGUGUUGCAGAUGAGUUGGGAGGCACUUACAGCUGUUACUAAGACUUUGUCAUCUGAGCAGCAGAUAGCACAUGUACAGGACAUUAGGCAAGCCGUUCGGUUUGCGGUAUCUGAUUUGAAAGGUCAGGAAUUAUUACCAGGAUUAUGUCUUCCUAAAGGAAUCACGCCAAUUCUACCGAUCUUCAGAGAAGCCAUACUGAAUGGUUUGCCAGAAGCAAAGGAGCACGCGGCUCAAGGACUAGGAGAAGUUAUAAGAUUGUCCAGCGCAGCUGCCUUGCAGCCAAGCGUUGUGCACAUUACUGGUCCGCUCAUUCGAAUCCUUGGUGACCGUUUUAAUUGGAGCGUCAAAGCGGCCGUCCUCGAGACGCUUGCUAUAUUACUUGGAAAGGUUGGCGUUAUGUUGAAACAAUUUUUACCGCAAUUGCAAACUACGUUUCUGAGGGCUUUGAAUGACAGCAACCGGCAGGUCAGAUUGAAAGCAGCUUACGCUCUUAGCAAUCUGAUUGUCAUUCAUACACGUGUUGAUCCCUUGUUUACUGAACUUCACACUGGUAUCAAAACAGGAGAUGAUCCAGCAAUAAGGGAAACAAUGUUGCAAGCUCUCAGAGGUGUGCUAACUCCUGCUGGUGACAAAAUGACCGAUCCAAUGAAGAAACAGGUAUUUGCAACGCUCAGCAGUAUGCUGAGUCAUCCGGAGGAUGUAACGAGGAACGCAGUUGCUGGUUGUUUCGGCGCUCUUUUGCGAUGGUUAACUCCGGAGCAGUUAGUGGUCGCAUUUAAUGAUCAUCUUUUAUAUAAUGAUGUUAAUGCCGACUGGGUGUUGAGGCAUGGACGAUCGGCUGCGCUUUUCGUAGCGUUAAAGGAAUCGCCUGCUACGGUAUAUAACCUUAAGGAGAAGGAUCGUGUUUGCACGGUGAUACUCUCUUAUUUGGCUGCAGAUAGAGUGCAGAUUGUCAUGAAUGGUGUACGAGCGUGUGGUUAUCUAUUUCAAUAUCUCAUGAACGACUCGCAACCAGUACCACAGCAAAUAUUGUCGCCUUUUGUAAGGUCAAUGAAUAAUAACAGCAACGAUGUGAAGCAAUUACUCGCCCGAGUUUGCAUUCACCUGGCGCGUAACAUACCACCUGAAAAUAUGUCGCCCGAACUGCUCAGGGCGCUUUUACCAAUGUUGGUGAAUGGCACGAAAGAGAAGAACGGAUAUGUCAAGGCGAAUAGCGAGCUCGCACUUAUCGCAGUGCUUCGGUUGAGACAGGGUGAAGAAGAGCAUCAGCGUUGUAUGGCUUUCUUGGAUGCUGGUGCAAAGGAAUCUCUAUCUGAUGUGGUUAGCAAAGUGUUGCGUAAAGUUCUCUCUCAACCGGAAGGCAAAAUAGAGGAAUUAGACGAUACGUUACUCACGUGAGAGAUAUUGUACUUCCCGGGGCUUAUUACGCACUAUACCCGUAACAAUAAUCGUAUUACCCGUCAUUAUUCGCCCGACCUUUAUAAAAAAGAGAUUUAUUGUUCAUGUAUCAGCUGCAUUAUGAACACACUAGCUCGUUCAACAUUGUAUCUCGAUAAACAAUUAAAGAGCGUGAAACGGAACUGUC